UAGCCGUUCAGUGGGUAUACGUCGUAGCCUGUAGGGCUCUGUACGUCUGCAGUAUCAAUUAACUGGGAAAAAAAAAAACGCCGGCCACGUCAUUCCGCAGUAGCCGCGACCGUGUUAUCUCGUCGCGCAUAGCAUUUUCAGUACAAAAUAUAUCCUCCGCUAUUAUUAUUAUUAUUAUUAUUAUUGAAAUACUCGUCCACAAUUGUCAAUAGGUUCACCGUACACGUUACGUUUAUUGUCUUCGUUUAUCAAAAUACAUUUUGUUUGUUCACCACCCCUUUCCGCAACCGACCGUUUUUACACAUCCGAAAUUCGUGUUUCCCGAGAAAUAGCCGACUGUUCCUAGACAGCGCCCGAGACCGUUCGGCCCUGUCCCACCAACGACGAGGGCUAGUGAACACACGUACCUUCUUGUUCGUGUGUGGACCAAUAACGGUUCGUUGCCGUUCGAAUUUUUCGAGACGGUGCCCAACGCCGUCAACAAGAAACCGAAAUGAACAUAUUCAGACUUAGCGGUGACUUGUCACAUCUGCUGGCCAUCCUGCUGUUGCUUGUCAAGAUAUGGAAGACCCGAUCUUGCGCCGGUAUUUCGGGAAAAUCUCAAAUACUCUUUGCAAUUGUUUAUACAACACGAUAUCUAGAUUUAUUCACAAGUUUUGUGUCUGUAUAUAACAGUUUUAUGAAAGUAGUGUUUCUAACAGCGUCGUAUGGAACAUUAUACUUAAUGUUCUUCAAGUUUAAGCCAACAUACGACCAUAACCAUGAUAGCUUUAGAAUUUUGUACUUAAUCAUUCCAUCAUUGGUGCUAUCAUUUGUCAUUGUUCAUGUCUAUACUGUGAUGGAGAUUUUGUGGACGUACAGUAUCUAUUUAGAAGCAGUUGCAAUUAUGCCACAAUUAUUUAUGGUAUCUAGAACAGGUGAAGCUGAGACCAUUACUUCUCACUAUUUGUUUGCACUGGGCUCUUACAGAGCACUAUAUAUAUUGAAUUGGAUUUAUCGUUACUACACAGAAGAUUUUCUUGAUAUGAUUGUAAUUAUUGCUGGAAUUGUGCAAACCAUCUUAUAUUGUGACUUCUUUUAUCUCUAUAUAACUAAAGUUUUAAAAGGUAAACGACUGUCCUUACCUGUCUAAACAUGGAAGGAACAUCUCAGACCAAAGUGUCGGUAUAAAACAGACUAUUUACACAUUAAUGUCAUGUCAUAUGAAUUUUUUUUGUACAUAAAUAAAUAGCUUACAUUUUUUGUAAGAUGUUACAGUAGGUCAUUGGAUACCUUAUAAAUACGAGAUAUAUUUUAUUUUAGUUCUAAACUUAAAUUAUUCGGGAUAAUAAACCAAAAUAUUAUCAACUAUGAUAACAAUUUUUCUGUUUUCUUUUUUAUAGCACAAUAUUUUCA